AGAGGAGCUAGGCCCCGAGCGGGGCGGGACUAGGGUGGUGGUUAAGCUCCGAUCUCUCCUUUCUCCCUUUUCCCAACGCUGGGCGGACUGAAAACCUGGCCGGCCGAGUCGCGUAUAUUCGACCUUCUCCACCGAGCGGACUUGGGGCAGCAGGAGAAUGUCAGGGCGUGAUUAUGAUCAAAUGAUGCUGUUUGGAAUAAUUUCCCGGCAGUUACGUGGCUUAAAGAAACUCCCAUGGUCAUGUGACUCCAGAUACUUCUGGGGCUGGUUGAAUGCAGUGUUUAAUAAAGUGGAUCAUGAACGAAUCAGGGAUGUUGGCCCCGACAGGGCAGCAUCUGAGUGGCUGCUGCGCUGUGGGGCUUUGGUGCGCUACCAUGGCCAGGAGAGGUGGCAGAAGGACUACAACCACCUCCCAACAGGCCCUCUGGACAAAUACAAGAUUCAAGCAAUCGAUGCCACUGACUCUUGUAUCAUGAGUAUUGGACUUGAUUACAUGGAAGGCCUAGAGCAUGUUGAAAAAAUAAGGCUAUGCAAGUGUCAUUAUAUCGAGGAUAACUGUUUGCAGAGGCUUAGUCAACUUGAAAAAUUACAAAAAAGCAUAUUGGAAAUGGAAAUAAUUUCCUGUGGGAAUGUCACAGACAAAGGCAUCAUUGCUUUGUGUCAUUUAAGAAACCUCAAGUAUUUGUUGUUAAGAGAUCUUCCUGGAAUAAAAGAAAAAGAAAACCUUGUCCAAACCUUUAAGACAGCACUGCCUUCUCUGGAACUGAAAUUACACUUGAAGUAAAAUGAUAGUAAUGUGUCUUAUUUCAGCAUAAAGGAUCAUUUGAAAUUUUUGACCCUAAGCAUCAACAAAUAUAAUCAUCAACAGAACUAUAAGGAUGUCAUAUCAUUUUAGAGAUGGAGAGUCCAUCAUAUACAGAAAAUAAAUAUUCAGAUGUGACUCACUAAAGUUACCAAGUUGGAAGUGAGAAUUUAUGUACGUUAAAUCAUCUAAAGAAAAAUGCAAACUAGGUAGCAUUUUAAUUCUAACAUAUUCCUUAUUUAAUAUAGAUAUCUACAUAGAUCUUUCUCGGUUUUUUGUUUUUUGUUUGUUUGUUUGUUUUGCAGCUGGUUGGUGUGGAGAUCUGAACCCUUGGCCUUGGUGUUAUCAGCACCAUGCUCUCCCAAAUGAGCUAACCAGCUAGCCUACAUAAAUAUUAUUUGAUGUAGUUAUUGAUUUAGGCUUCUCUAAAGCAAUUUAACUGGGUAACACAGAUAUUCCUUAUUGUCAUAGUAAUUUACAGUAUAUUUUACUGUAAAGUUAUUGAAGCAUGUUACUAUAAAUGCACAAUUAUGAAAAAGUGGAAGCUAAAUUACAGAUUCAUUGGCAGAGUCAAUUAUGCAGAGUAAUUAGUGGUUGUUGAGGCAUGCAUUUCAUAUUGCUUCCCAAGAUUUGCAUGCCUUUCUCGUGAUCCUGCACUUGUGCCUUCUUGAUAGCAUACACCCUUUCUGAGAAUGAAUAAUUGCUGGUUAAUCUAUUUUGUAAACUAAGUCUAGUGUUUUAUUAAAACUAGACAUAGAUACUUGGCUGAAUUCUGAUAGUUUUGCUGAUUGCAAUAGAACAAAGGAAACCAUCAUAAAGACCAGCAGGUUAUGCUUACAUUUUUCCUAAAUUAGAAAAUUGCUUUAAACAGAAAAUUUUAACAUAUCAAUUAGAAACGAAUUUUUCCUCUCUCAUAUCUUGGAUACUACCUCCUACGAACACAAAACACAUGAAAAGGAAGUAUAAAAACAAAAAUCAAUUUGUAUCUAGAAAGCAGUAAUAAAGAAUGUCAUAAAUAGAUAAAACAGGUCUUUAUUUUUACCUGCUUGAAAAGGCUUUUAUUCUUUUUGAAAAGUCUUUUAUUCUGUUAAUGUUAGUUAUAUGCCAAUUUGUUUAUGGAUUUCUGUAUAUUUGGUUUAAACAUUAAGCUGUUGAAUAUAAACUUGACUGGAAAUAAUUUUAAAAUUAGCACUUUCUGUGAUGAAGCUUUCAGGUAGAAAAAUGAAGUUUAGUUGUAUUUAGAAACUAGCUUAUGUAAAUAGCACAUAGCAUAAAUGAUACACUAUUUACAAUUGCCACUGUCAUUCAAAAUAUCAGAAAAUAGUAAAUUAAAAAAAAAAAAGACAAGGGUAUAGAGCAGCUUUAUACGAUAUAGUGCUGAUUCCAUGCUGGAAAAAAAAAAAAGAUUACAGAUAUGGUUAAAUUGAGCAUAAGCACAAAUUUAGUAGAACUCAUUAGAGAAAAAUGAGAUCUUUUUCUCAGGUUUGUUUCAUUACUCUGUGGUGAGACAACUGAUUCACCAUGAUUUAGUCCAGAGCUACUUUUCUAUUCUGAAUGAUUUUCUGUAAAAUUAUUGGCUGAAUUAGGCAGUUAUAAGUCAUCUGCCUCCGUCAAGUGCAUUUUCUUGGAUUAAGGAAAAAAAGAAAAACAAAAAUGUUAACUAUUCACAGAACUUGGAUGUCCUUCCUUGUCAUUUGAAUUAAAGCUGCCUAACAGGAA